AUGGUCGCUGAUGGUCUCGAGGAGGAGCUCAGCGGCCUUGUUGUGCCGGGUGUAAAAUGCGGGGCCCUCGGAUGGAACCGGGGACCUCUCCAGGGUAUCGGCUACAAGGAGUUCCGCGAGUGGGUCGAAAGCCCUUCGGCCGACUGUUGGAGCCGAUGUGUUGAUCGAGUGAAGACGGGGACUGUGAAAUAUAGCAGGCAGCAAGUGAAGUGGAUACGCAAUAAAAUUGAGUCUUUUGUCGAAGUGCACAAGGUCGACACCAGUGACUUCGAGACUGCCACAGAGUCGUACUGGGCGGGAAUCCUUCGUAGUGCGGUAGAGUUCGUGAGAAGAGAUCCCAAAGCUGUGAGUGAGAGCCCUAAGGAGGAAUGGAAGAAGUACACUUGUGAGGUCUGCGGUAAAGACGGCAUUAAUGGUCCGAACGAAUGGCAGCAACAUUUGGGCAGUAAAAUGCAUAAAAGCCGAAAACGUAAAGCGAAGCAAGCAUCUUCACGAGGAGAGCUGAAGGAUCCAGCAAGUUGA